CCUUGUUAGUCCUUAUAACUCAUUGAUUCCUCUCAUAGUCUGCACAUCACUCCCUCUAUCAUUCUUUUCUUGAUCUCUGUGUUUUCGCGUGCCAAUGGCAGGCCUUUUUACGGGCUCUCAUGGCCGCGAUGAAAUGCAUGUGUUGCAUGGCGCAGAUGAGCAUCGGCCUCCUGCUGCUGAGGCUACUAAGAAGAUUUGCAGAGUUUGCGGGGAUGAGAUUGGAUUGAAGGAGAAUGGGGACUUGUUUGUGGCUUGUGCUGAGUGUGGAUUCCCAGUUUGCAGGCCUUGUUAUGAGUAUGAAAGAAGUGAAGGCCAUCAGUGUUGUCCUCAGUGCAACACGCGCUAUAAACGUCACAAAGGUUCUCCAAGAGUUGCAGGAGAUGAUGAAGAAAACUUUGAUGCUGAUGAUUUUGACGACGAAUUUCAGAUGAAGAAUUAUGAUAAUGCACCAGAUCACCAGCACUUGAAUACUCCAUCGGAGAAUGGGGAUAAUUUUCAGCAGCAGCAACAGCAUCCAAAUGGCCCUGCCUUCUCUUCAAUUGCUGGAAGUGUUACUGGCAAAGAUUUUGAAGCCGAAAAGGAGACUUAUACUAAUUCUGAAUGGAAAGAAAGAGUAGAUAAAUGGAAAACAAGACAAGAAAAACGCGGUUUGGUUAACAAAGGAGAUGAAAGUGGCAAUGAUCAAGAAAAUGAAGAUGAAUAUCUCAUGGCUGAAGCUAGACAACCUCUUUGGAGAAAGGUCCCCAUUGCAUCAAGCUUAAUCAAUCCCUAUCGAAUUGUCAUUGUCUCCAGGCUCGUCAUUUUAGGCUUCUUCUUUCACUUCCGCAUCUUAACACCAGCUUAUGAUGCUUUCCCCCUUUGGAUCAUCUCUGUAAUUUGUGAGAUUUGGUUUGGUUUUUCAUGGAUUCUUGAUCAGUUUCCAAAAUGGUUCCCCAUUAACCGUGAGACUUACCUUGAUCGCUUGUCCUUGAGGUUUGAGCGCGAGGGAGAGCCUAAUGGUCUAUCCCCUGUUGAUUUCUUUGUGAGUUCUGUGGAUCCUCUCAAGGAGCCGCCAAUUAUCACAGCAAACACAAUUCUUUCAAUCUUAUCAGUUGACUAUCCAGUUGAUAAGGUGUGUUGUUAUAUAUCGGAUGAUGGUGCCUCAAUGUUGCUUUUUGAUGCUCUAUCAGAGACAGCUGAAUUUGCAAGGAGGUGGGUGCCAUUUUGCAAGAAGUACAGCAUUGAGCCGAGGGCUCCCGAGUACUAUUUUUCAGAAAAGAUUGAUUACUUGAAGGAUAAAGUGCAGCCUACUUUUGUCAAGGAUCGAAGGGCCAUGAAGAGAGAGUACGAAGAAUUCAAAGUAAGGAUUAAUGCAUUGGUGGCUGCAGCACAGAAGAAACCAGAAGAUGGGUGGGUGAUGCAAGAUGGAACCCCGUGGCCUGGGAACAACAGUCGAGAUCAUCCUGGCAUGAUCCAGGUUUAUCUUGGAAGUGAAGGAGCACUGGAUGUUGAUGGCAAGGAGUUACCAAGACUCGUUUACGUUUCACGUGAGAAAAGACCUGGCUAUCAGCACCACAAAAAAGCUGGAGCUAUGAAUGCAAUGGUUCGAGUUUCUGCCGUACUCACCAAUGCACCUUUCAUACUGAACUUGGAUUGUGACCAUUAUGUUAACAAUAGUAAGGCAGUGAGGGAAGCUAUGUGUUUUUUGAUGGAUCCCCAACUUGGCAAGAAGCUGUGCUAUGUCCAGUUUCCGCAGAGGUUUGAUGGUAUUGAUCGCCACGACAGAUAUGCCAAUCGAAAUGUUGUGUUCUUUGAUAUUAACAUGAGAGGCCUAGACGGGAUCCAAGGGCCGGUUUAUGUUGGAACCGGUUGUGUGUUUAACAGACAGGCAUUGUAUGGAUAUGAUCCACCAGUGUCUGAGAAGCGACAGAAGAUGACAUGUGAUUGCUGGCCUUCAUGGUGCUGUUGUUGUUGCGGUGGUUCAAGGAAGAAGAAAUCAAAGAAGUCGAAGAAGAAGGGACUUAAAGCUUUGCUUGGUCUCAGUGGGUUGUAUAGCAAGAAGAAGAAGAUGGGAAAGAACUACAGCAGAAAAUCAGCUGGACCUAUCUUUGAUCUUGAAGGUAUAGAAGAAGGUCUUGAAGGCUAUGAUGAGUUGGAGAAAUCAUCCCUUAUGUCUCAGAAAAAUUUCGAGAAACGGUUUGGGCAGUCCCCAGUUUUCAUUACUUCCACACUCAUGGAAAAUGGGGGACUUCCUGAAGGGACUAAUAGUGCUUCACUUAUCAAAGAAGCAAUUCAUGUGAUUAGCAUUGGCUAUGAAGAGAAAACUGAAUGGGGAAAAGAGAUUGGAUGGAUAUACGGUUCGGUCACAGAAGACAUUCUGACAGGCUUCAAGAUGCAUUGUAGAGGGUGGAAAUCAGUCUACUGCAUGCCAAAAAGACCUGCAUUCAAAGGGUCAGCUCCAAUCAAUCUGUCAGAUCGUUUGCACCAAGUACUGAGAUGGGCUCUUGGUUCUGUUGAAAUCUUCAUGAGUCGUCACUGCCCGCUUUGGUAUGGCUAUGGAGGGAAGCUGAAAGGGCUAGAGAGGCUUGCUUACAUUAACACAAUUGUUUACCCUUUCACUUCCAUUCCUCUGCUUGCCUACUGUGCACUUCCAGCUGUGUGCCUUCUUACUGGAAAAUUCAUAAUCCCAACUCUGAACAAUUUUGCUAGCAUAUGGUUUCUUGCUCUUUUCUUGUCUAUCAUUACCACAGGUGUCCUGGAGCUCAGAUGGAGCGGCGUUAGCAUCCAGGACUGGUGGCGCAAUGAGCAAUUUUGGGUAAUUGGUGGAGUAUCAGCUCAUCUUUUUGCAGUGUUCCAGGGGUUCCUCAAAGUCCUCGGUGGUGUUGAUACAAAUUUCACAGUGACAGCCAAGGCAGCUGAUGACGUUGAGUUUGGAGAGCUCUACCUUUUCAAAUGGACAACUCUUCUCAUCCCACCUACAACGCUAAUAAUCUUGAACAUGGUUGGAGUUGUGGCUGGAGUUUCGGAUGCUAUCAACAAUGGUUAUGGCUCAUGGGGUCCCCUAUUCGGAAAGCUUUUCUUCUCAUUUUGGGUCAUUCUCCAUCUCUAUCCGUUCUUGAAGGGAUUGAUGGGAAGACAAAACAGAACUCCCACAAUCGUAGUCCUUUGGUCUGUUCUUCUGGCUUCUAUCUUCUCAUUGGUCUGGGUCCGGAUUGAUCCUUUCUUGCCAAAGCAAACUGGUCCUAUUCUUAAGCAAUGCGGAGUAGAAUGCUAGACAUCCCAAAAAAUGGUUUGCUCAUGCAAUCUUGAUGCCAUUUUUUCGUGUUUUACAAAUUUUACCAUUGCCAGCAAAAGAACUAGCUGCAUUUGCUUGUGUGAUUUUGGGACAUUGUAAAAACUAAAUAGUAAAAUUGGAGAUGAAGCAUGUGCAUUAUGUAUGAACUCUGAAAGAAGUAGUUUUCAAUAAAUUUCUCUGAAUUGAUUGGUUCA